AUGGAUUUAUUGCUAAGUGGCAGCUUUGAUAAGCAAAAAUUCAUGCCUCCUAUACCUUAUUUCGAGUGGUAUCAAUUUCAAUUUUGUCAUCCUUGCAUAGAUCUUUACAAUUGUGGGAACAAUCAACAGAGUCUGAAUGCUCUGAAAUUCCUUUUAGAGAAAUCUUGGAACCACAAUUCACUUACCACCCUCAAAAUUAUUUGCUUCUUGAGAAAAACAAUUCCUCCCAGGAAAGAUGGCAAAGAGAAGUUUUUUGCCUCACUUUUAUGGCUCUACAAAUGUCACCCUAAAUCACUAGCAUACAAUCUCGAGGUGUUUGUCAAAUUCGGUUAUUUGAAAGACUUGCUCGAAAUUCUUUACCGGCUCCUCUAUGGCUAUGAAAUUCGGAAAUAUGAAUUUUAUGUGAGGAGAGAAAUUACUGUGAUGAAGAAUUACAAAAAAGUAAAGCUGAAAUAUUCAAAAAUAGUUGAAGAACCACCCGGGGAGAAGCAAAUGACAAUGCGGUUGAGGGAUCAGAAAAGAAUUCUUUUGGCAAGAAAGGCCAUUGAGAAAUACAAUAAUGACGAGGAUUAUCGCUUUUUAUAUGAACAUAUAUACGAUAUCUUUGCUCGACUGUUAAAAUCCGAUCUUGAGUUCUUGAAUACUGGCCAGAUUGAUAAGAUUAGUUUAGCUGCAAAGUGGUGUCCUUCUCUUGACUCUUCUUAUGAUCGUUCGACUCUCUUUUGUGAGAGUGUCGCUAGAAAGCUCUUCCCUUAUGAUUCUGAUGCUGAGUACAGAGGGAUUGAGGAGGCUCACUAUGUUUAUCGAGUUCGAGAACGUUUGCGAAAACAGAUCCUUAUCCCACUUCGAAAAGCCUUGGAGCUGCCUGAGACAUACAUGAGCCGUCGCAAGUGGGACAGUCUUCCAUAUGAUCGAGUCCCCUUUGUUGCUAUGAAAACUUACAAAAAGUUAUUCUUUAAACAUGAUGACUGGCGAAUUCGUCGUCACCUUCGGUAUCUGAAGCGGUCGGUGAAGCCAAAAUUCAAUUUCAGCAGAUUGCUUCCUCACGAGAUUUUAAGUUUGUUGAACCAUGCAUUUGAGGAGGAAAUUGCAGAGUAUCAUUGGAGGAGAGUAGUUGAAGACUUCUCUAGCAAAGGAUGCUUUCACAACUGCAUUUCAGUCUUUAGUACUGCACCAUAUUAUAACUUCUCGAACUUUUGCUAG